CCGCCCGGCCCCGCGGUGAGUCACCGGCCGGGGCUCGGGCACCACUUCCCCUCUCGACAGGAGCCAUUUUAGCUGCACGAAGCUGCGGGGAGGCCGGGGCGGUGCCGCGGGCCCCGCGGCCGAGCGUGACAAAGGCUAUUGAGGUGGAAAGAAUAACUCAGGGAAGGAUUUGCCUUGGUUUGUUUCACUUUGAGAAGAGAAGAACCCAGGAACACUGAUGAUUUAAGAAAUACAAACACUGAUACUCAAUUCGUUUUGUGAUCCUGCCUUUCUGCUCAGCUGGACCUCGGUGACAUUCUCCAUUCUUUUGCAUUUGAGAACAUUUUUCUUUGUAUGUGGAGCUGAGACCUGGGAAUGCGUUAUUAUGGCAGCAGUUGUACAGCAGAAUGAGCUUGUGUUUGAAUUUGCCAGCAACGUCAUGGAGGAUGAGCAGCAGCUUGGUGAUCCAUCCAUUUUCCCUGCUGUCAUCGUGGAGCAUGUUCCUAGUGCAGAACUCCUACAUAACUACUCUGGCUUAACCUGUGUGGAUGAACCUAGUGACAUGAUCACUGAAAACUCUCUGGACGUCGCAGAAGAGCAAAUCAUAGAAGAUGAUGAUAUCACCCUCACAGUUGAAGCAUCUUGUCAUAAUGGAGAUGAAACAAUGGAAACAAUCGAGGCUGCUGAAGCACUUCUCAAUAUGGACUCCCCUGGUCCUAUGUUGGAUGAAAAAAGAAUAACAACUAUGUUUGGCGCAGCUGAAGAGGAUGAUAUGGUGGCUCCUAUUACACAUGUGUCAGUCACACUUGAUGGGAUCCCUGAGGUGGUGGAAGCCCCAGACUCUUACGCUGAAUCACCAGAGACUCCAGAAUUUGAACAACCAAAGAAGAGAAAAGGGAAAAAACCGAAACCAUCUCGUUCUGAGUCCCCUACUACAACUCCAAACAUAUCUGUGAAAAAGAAAAACAAAGAUGGAAAGGGUAAUACAAUUUAUCUCUGGGAGUUCUUACUAGCACUGCUCCAGGACAAAGCUACGUGUCCUAAAUAUAUCAAAUGGACUCAAAGAGAGAAGGGCAUUUUCAAACUGGUAGAUUCCAAGGCUGUGUCCAGGUUGUGGGGAAAACACAAAAACAAACCUGACAUGAAUUAUGAAACAAUGGGUAGAGCUCUCAGAUACUAUUACCAAAGAGGAAUCUUGGCUAAAGUAGAAGGGCAGCGUCUAGUGUAUCAAUUUAAAGAAAUGCCAAAAGAUCUCAUCUAUAUUGAUGAUGAGGAUGCGAGCCCUAGCACUGAAUCAUCAGAUUCAACUCUGCUCUCGACUGCGGUGGCCAACAGAAACCAAUCAAGCAGAACUAGAGCAUCUGCAAACGCAGGAACAAAGGGAGGAUCAACCGCGAUGCUAAAAACAGGAAACGCAAAGCCUGCUAAGCUGAAGGAGCAUGUAGAAGUUGGACAGCAGCAGACACCUGGCUUGACUUCAGAAGUUUUGAGGACAAUGCAAUCUCCGCAGCCAGUACAAUCCACUCAGCUUUUUCGGACAGUUCACGUAAUGCAGCCGUUGCAGCCCCUCACAGAAGGACAUGCAGCUGUAACCAGUAAUGUUCCGGAUGAAUCGUUGAAUUCCUCGGUUCAGAAUAUAAGGACUUUACAGACUCCAGCCCAGGUUCCAGUGGUUGUUUCUCCUGGAAAUCAGCAGCUGCAUACUGUAACACUCCAGACAGUGCCUCUUACUACAGUUAUAGCCAGCACAGAUCCAGCCUCAGUAACAGCAGCCCAAAAAUUUAUUUUACAAGCCAUUCCGACUUCCCAAGCCAUGACGGUUCUUAAAGAAAACGUCAUGGUACAGUCUCAGAAGCCAGUCUCGCCUCCUUCCUCAAUUGUGCUGAGCCCAGCACAAGUUCAGCAGGUGCUCACCAGCAGUGUGCAGACAAUUUGCAAUGGAACAGUCAACAUGGCUUCAUCUCCAUCCUUCAGUGCCACUACCCCCGUGGUGACAUUUUCGCCCAGCAGCUCCCAGGUGAUGUCUCAUCCGUCGGGCACGGUGAUCACUUCGGUUAUUAAAGCACCAGAAACCAAACAGGUUGGCGUAAAAGAAGCAGUGAAGGAAGGGGGUGACAAAUCAGACGAUACUGAGCAGUCGGAGCAGAGUUUCCAGCAGCAGCCAUUUGUGAUGGUAGUGUCCAGUUCAAAUGGUAUCCCAUCUAACAUGCAAGUGAAGCAAGAAAAUGAGCCAUUGGAACCCAAUUUGUAUUAAUAAUUAAAUAAUUAAAAAAAAGACCCUGUGGAUGAUUAUUUUCAUAAAUGUGAUGGGACCUUUCAUUUAUGUAUAUAUGAUUUGAUUUUGAAGCAAGAUGUUGCAAAGCUACUUAAUUUCUGCAGUUAAUUGUUAGAAUUCAUGCUUUAGGAUGGAUUUUGAUUUUCUGUUAAUUGCUAAGUGUUAUCAUAUCAAUAAAAUUAUAUAUUACUCAUUUUUCAAAAUACAGGCAUGAAGGAACAUGCUUUUUAUGCUAUGAAGACUUUCUCCUGAGGUUGUUGGCCAAAGUUUCAAACUUCUUAUUUUACGUUUUCAGUCUCUUGCUGAUUUACGUUGUUAUUGUAACCUUUUCUGUUUAAUCUGUAUGUGUAUCACUUAACUUUUGAAGCAGCAGUUACUUUUAGUGAGACAGUUUCAUUCCAUGCGUUUGAAUUUUUAUGAUUGAGUAUUUGUUUCAUACCAGUGAAUUACAUCAGUUUUAGAAUUUGAUAACCAGGUAUCCUCUUGCAUUUUUGCAGCACAAGCUCUUGUGUGUGCAAAAUAGAAUAUACACUCCUAUUGAGAGUACACAAAACAUAUAUUCCAGUAAUGGACAUUGCUAUGUCUAUAUUUUAUAUGAAAACAUUGGAUAUAUUUAAUUACAGAAGCUAAUGGCAUCACUACAGGUGCAAAUAUUUCAUACCAUUUUAUGACUAUGAAGCUUAACAAUCUUGCUUUCUACUUCAGAUUAUUUUGUAAGGGGGGAGGGAAAUGAAAUAUAUACAAUUUAUGCAGGUUUUUGGAAAUUAAUACUGCAAAGAAUUCUUUUUUUUUUGAUUGUAAAUACUGUACAUUCAAUGUCGCAGGGAAGUUUUUUCAGCUAAUUUGUUUCCAUACAAAUUUUUGAUAGAUGCAAAUAAGAUCAUUGUGUUUAGAGGUCUAAUGUUAUAUGUAUUCAUAUUACAGAGUGAAUUUGUAUUUAAGGACAAAUUUUUAAAUGAUGGAGCCCACUGAACCUUGGGUCCUUGUCUUUUGUAUUUUUAAUUGGUUUAUUAUGAAAAUAAAUCAAAUGAAAAAAACA